AAUUGGUCGACAUGGUACAUUUUUCAACCAAUAGGAAAGAGGCAGCAUUUUUCUUUCUUUACUGUUUUUCAUGCUGUCCUUAGAAAAUGCUUCAUUUUUUAACAAUUUCUUGCAGCACAAACGUAUCGAUAGAAUUCAGAGAAAAGCAUCGCUUAUAUAUUUUUUUAUUCUAAUAAAAUAAAAUGUGAAAACUGACGUAUAGUUUGAAGGUCUUUCAACACAGCUUGUUGCUUUGUCAGCUUAAAUGCUACUGACAGCAAGAAGUAACAGUAUGCAAUAUAUUCAGUUUGUGUCGCCUCAGCUUCAUGUGACCACAGAGGAAGCAGCAGAUUGGUCGCAGGAAGUAAACAAGGUGAGAACACCUGGGGAGAGCUCCUGACGUAAGCUCCUCCCCUGCAUUUGUCAGUGCGCCUGCGCGUUCGUUGUUUUUAGUUUCCAUGGAAACACGGAAGUCCGCCAUUCAGAGUUGCUGCAGGUGAGCUGACAGGAUGCCUCGGUUCCAGGAGGUGGCAGCCAGCCAACCUUUGACCCCCGGAGGCGGUGGUCUGGUCGCUAAGCGAUACAGCAUCCUGCAGAAUCUGGGCCGAGGAAGUUUUGGUUCGGUUUUUCUGGUUCAGGAUGCCAAAGCUGCAGAUGGAGAGAAGCUGAAGGUGCUGAAGCAGAUUCCUCUGGGUGACCUUCGACCCGACGAGACGGUUAGAGCCACUCAGGAGGCCCAGCUGCUGUCUCAGCUGCACCACCCGGCGAUACUGACCUUCUACCACAGCUUCCUGGAGAGAGCCGCCUUCUGCAUAAUCACAGAGUACUGCCUGGAUCGGGAUCUGGACUGUAAGAUAGGAGAGGUGAGACGAGCUGGGCGGAGCCUUCCUGAAAGCCAGGUCGUUGAUUGGCUCAUCCAGCUCCUGCUCGGCCUUCGCUACAUACACGACAGGCGGAUCCUCCACCGAGAUCUGAAGGCCAAGAACAUCUUCCUGAAACGAAACCUCGUUAAAAUCGGUGACUUUGGUGUUUCCUGCCUGCUGAUGGGAUCAUGUGACCUGGCCACCACCUUCACAGGGACUCCGUACUACAUGAGCCCAGAGGUGCUGAGCCACCAGGGCUACGACUGCAAAUCUGACAUCUGGCAGACGAAGGUUCACCUGCAGACGCUCAGGGACAGGUCAGAGGUGGAGAAGAUGACCCCCAGAGAAAGGAUGAGACUCCGCAAACUGCAGGCUGCUGAUGAGGAGGCCGGGAGACUCAGGAAACUGGCUGAGGAGAAGUACGAGGAGGUCCACACCCGCAGGAGGGAACUGAGGAGCCGCCAUUUCCAAAAAGUCAGUGUGGAUGUUCUGAAUGAGAGCAGAGAGGGCGGAGCCUGCCAGAGUCAGGCUCAGCCAAUCAGCAGCCAGAAUCGCCAGAACGCUGGAGGGUCGGCGCCAAAACCGAAGCAGGACGAGUCAGAACCAGAACUGCACGAUAUCCCUGAGGAUCCCCGGACUGCAGAAGUUUAUUACAACCAGGACAGGUUCGACUCGUGCUCAGAGGACGACGAGCCAGCGGCACCUGCAGAGACUCUGUACCUGUCUGACCCACAGGUCAGUGAGCUUGAGGCCAUGAUGAAGCACAUGCAGGAGGUUCUGGAUGAGGAGCUGAGUGGUGAGUCCGAGCACCAAAAACACUCCAUGCACAGACACAGAGCUGGGCGGGUGGUCCGUCCGACACGUGACACGGCUGUGCAGUAA